UCCUUCUCCUAUUCUUCCAUUUCUUUCUCCCUUCCCGUCAGCUGUUGCUGCCUGUCCGCGGCAGCGCCGCUCCUGGGACGCGGGGGGGCCGUGCGGGGGGUGUCCGGGCCUGUCGGCGAGGGGAGAGCAGCGUCUGCCAUGGCCAAUGUGCUCUGUAACAGAGCAAGAUUGGUCACCUACCUGCCAGGCUUUUACUCCUUGCUCCGAAGAGUUGGGAACGCCAAGGCUUUUUCCACUGCAGGAUCCUCUGGCUCGGAUGAGCCUCACGUGGCUGCUGCACCUCCUGAUUUAUGUCCCAGGACGGUGUGGCCGGACGAGCUGAUGGGUCCCUUCGGGCCGCAGGACCAGCGCUUCCAGCUGCCGGGGAACAUGGGCUUCGGCUGCCACCUGCACGGCACGGGCAGCGCCGGCGCCGCGCCCGCCCCGAGCCUGCCCGCGCUGCUGGCGGAGCCGUCGGGCAGCGAGCGGCACGAGCUGGUGCUGGCGCAGUGCAUGCACGAGGCCCAGGGCUCUGAUGGUGCCCAGAAGCAGCAGAUCAACAGUGCUGAAACCUACUUUGAGCGAGCCAAGGUGGAGUGUGCCGUGCAAGCCUGUCCUGAGCUGCUGAGAAAAGAGCUGCAGCCGCUGUUCCCCGAGGUGAAGCCCCAGCUGCUGACGGUGCUCACGGUCACGCAGAGGAGCCAGCACGACAUGAGCGUGUGGAGCCACGAGGUGGAGCAGGAGAGGGAGGUGCUGCUGGAGAACUUCAUCAAUGGUGCCAAGGAGAUCUGCUAUGCACUUUCUUCUGAGGGCUACUGGGCUGAUUUCAUUGACCCAUCCUCAGGACUGGCAUUUUUUGGGCCUUACUCCAACAACACCCUGCUGGAGACCGACGAGCGCUACCGGCACCUGGGCUUUGCCGUGGAUGACCUGGGCUGCUGCAAGGUGAUCAGGCACAACCUCUGGGGCACCCACGUGGUGGUGGGCAGCAUCUUCACCAACGCCGAGCCCGACAGCCCCAUCAUGAGGAAACUCAGUGGCAACUGAGCCCUGCAGCUCCCUCAGGCUCCUGGCACCUUGGAGUUGUUGGGUGAUUCUCCCUCGGCAUCAUCAGGAGUUCCUCGCUCCCGAGUGUUCUUAGAGAAUAAAAGUAGCUGGUAUUUAUUUCUGGUCUUUUGGGAAUGUGUGUUCACCACAUGUGGCUUGACAGCGUUGAGAACCAGAGGGAUGAUCGUUUUCCUUCUUAAAUUUUCCAUUUUCUCUUACCUCAACAAUUCUGUCUUUCACUGGUCGAUGUAGUAUUCAGAGUCCUCUGAAAAUGCCACUGAAAUUCCCAACAAAUCUGCCAUUCCUGAAAUUAGGAACUGGCAAAAAAAAAAUGGAAUGAGUCAUAAAAUUGUUCUCCCAGAAUGCAGAACUUAAUAAAAUCUGGGCUAAUCACUCAUUUGCUGUUGGAAAAUGAGAAUGAGGUCAACUUCCAGUGGUCUCCAGCUUAUCCAGAGACUCCAUAAAAAGUCCUUAAUUACCCUGGAA